GUUUACGUAGUAUUGAGCUAUAAAAAGAAAACACCGUCAUAUCUUUUACUUCCUGGUUGGAGCUUGUAACGACAUAACCGAUGUAACAAACGAAUUCAAAGACGAUGUUUCCUUCCUACACGAUGAUUUUUACUCUAGUUUAUGGCGUGACCAUGAUUGCUUGGGCAGAUGCUGGAAGUUUAUGGUUUUGCGACAUGGAUGAUGAUCCUUGUGAUGCAGCCAUCAUACGGCCGCCAUUCGAGCCAGAAAUUAGGGCAGAGAACUGCAUUUACAACAGCUACCAGUACUGCGAUCGGUACAUUACACCAGGCUGGCACAGAUUUAACGAAGACAUGUUGAACCACCCUCCAAGUUUACUAAGCUGUGGAGCCGUAUACCCAUCCUGGCUAAAUGGAAGCCUUCCGACAAUGGAAAACGAAGUUGUCCACAGAAAAGUUUGUAAAGUUGGCUUUGAAAGUCCGUGUGUCAAGGAAGUCACCAUAAGAAUUAAACAUUGUGGUUCAUUUAACGCCUACUGCCUACCAGCAUUAGACGCCUGCUCUGAGAGAUAUUGUUUCGGUGAAAGAGACGCUUCUUGUGCAGUGACAACUAGUUCCCCCAAACCUGGCACGACCCCGACUGUAUCAAAAACAUCGACAAGUCAGCCACCUCAACCCACGAAAGGACCAACAACUAAAGGAACCACUAGAGUGACCACAAAGAAUCCAUUUUUUGAAAACUUUUGCUCAGCAGAUCCGUGCAUGAUGAAUGACAUACCCAAAAUCCCAAACACGAAAGACAGAAGCGAGAAUUGCAAGUACACACACUUUAUGCAAUCAUGUGACCGAGAUCUGUUUCCGGGUUGGUAUAGAGCAGACGAUAAUGGACAGAUGCUCCUGAAUAGAUGCCCGGGGAUUCUAUCCUGUGGCGCCAUGCGCCCUGUUUGGAUGCAGGGCUCACAUCCUAGUGUGUAUGACGGAAUGGUACAAAGAGAAAUUUGUACCUCAGGACUUUCAGAAGGGAUUCAUAGAAACUGCUGCCUUGAGAGGAACAAAAUACUUGUGAAAAACUGUGGAAAUUAUAUGGCAUACUGCUUGAAACCCUUGAAUUUUUGCGAGGAGCGAUAUUGCUUUGAAAAGCAUGAACCAUGUACGGCCGAUAAUGAGUAUGUAGACAAAAGUCCCCUACCACACAGAAGCCAGAUUAAGGAAAAUGCCAUUAUAAUUGCUGUAGUCUUGAUUAUUACAUUGACAAUCAUUGGAGCUCUGGUGGUGCUCUUUCUACACAGGAGUCAACAUUUCAAACGGUAUUGCAAAAAAUCCUCCAUCUAUGAAAAACCAGUCCCAUUCAAGAAACUGGACAACGAUUACGAGACACUGCACGUAAAAUGCAUAAGCAACGAGAAUGUUUACACGAGGCUUCCAGAGAAAACAGCUGAUUUCACAUUCAGUUCAAAAGCUAUGGGCGGCCAUACUGUGAACAAAGGCUGAAAGACUGCGACAAUUAUUAUAGCAUAAGUGUAGCAUUCUGCAACUACACUUCUGAUGGAGGACCAGACUUUAAGGACUCAUUAACAUGGACAUCCAAAAUCGAUUUAGUAUACUAAAUAAAUAUUCAAAUGAUCGUAUGACAAUUUUUAUUUUUAGGAAUCAUACUAACUUUACUGUCUGCUGCAAUUAAACUUUUUUUUGCCUCUCCCUUUACAAAUUCCAAUUAAGAUUCCAAUUUAAGAAUACGCUUCUGUUGUAAGGCAGCGUCGUAUACAUAUGC